AUGUCAAGUGCAGAGCCUCUCGUCUCAGCAGAGUUAGCUUCUGUUGACUCUGACGAAAGAUCUGACCUGAUUGAUUACGACAUUGACGAUCGAAGUGUCCUUUCUUUACGUGAUGUUGGUGGACAGUUUGAGAUCGUUAAAGAACAGCUUAUUAAUUACAAAACAAAGCUGGCCAGAUAUGAGAGUCAGAUAUCCGAGAUGCAAAUAUGUAUCGAAGAUUUGACUCUCACGCGGGACUUGGCUGAGGAAGAAAAGAUGUGUGCACAAACAGAGGUGGACGAUCUUAACAAGCAAGUAGCCGAUCUACAAAAGGAGCUCGAAUCGGAACGGAAAAGCAUUACAUUUCAGAGCCUUAGCACCAAUGAGCAAAUGAAAGAACUGAAGGACGAGAAUGAAAAACUUCGAACAGAACGAAACAAUUUUGAAGAUGAGAAAAGCUGCUUAAGCACCCAAGUAGAAUCGCUUAGGAAGCGAGUAAACGAAUUGUCGGUGCAAAAUAUGGAUGCGCGCACUGAGAUUGAAAAACUAAAAUCAGCAAAUUCUAAACUAGAAACUGACUUAAAAACUAGUAAGCAAAAUAACCUGAAUGCAGAAAAACAGAUGGAUAGUUUACAGAAAGAAAUAGGGGAACUUGGUGAACAGCUCGCAAUGGCGCGCAGACAAGGUAGUGAAUGGAUUGAAGAGUACGAAAGAGAAAAUAAAAGGUUAGAACCGAGGCUGAGAGAAUUGGGCGAGAAAAACCGAAAUCUUGAAAAACAAAAUGAAUUCCUCGAGAAGCAAAGAAAUGGAUUGGAAUCCCGAAAAAGGGAGUUAACCUUAGAGCAACAAAGGUUGAUGAGUCAGGUAGACGAUUUGAACAAAAAUGCUGAAGUCAUGAAAAGAAAGCAUGAGACUCGGCAGGUGGAGAUUACGGAACAACGCAAACAACAGUCUGAAACUAUUAAGCAACUGAUCAACGUUAAUUAUCAGUUGUCAGACGAGUUGAGUGAACAAAACAGAAGUCUGGAAAAGCAAAACGAUCUUCUUGAGAAGCAAAAUGACGAAUUGGAAUCUCGAAAAGAGGAUUUGACUUCGGAACGAGAUAGAUUGACGAGUCAGAUAGACGAAUUAAACAAAAGUAUAGAAGGUCUGAAAAGUAAUUAUGAGACUCGUCAGAUGGAGUUGAUGGAGAAACGAAAGCAACAAUCUGAGACUCUGAAACAGGCAUCCAAAGUGAAUAAUCAAUCAUUGGGUGUCAGCAGAAUUAAAGCAAAUUCUGGUUCUAGCCGAAGAUCGACCAGGAGUAUCAUGCGGGAACAGGAAAUAGAGAUGUCGUUACAAGAAAGCGCGCAAGCAAUUGGAUAUGUGGACGAGCUUGUCCGUUUUGUUUCUCAACAGGGUAAUGUUCGGCGAACGAGCAUCAACAGCACAAAUAGUAUAAGUAGCACGAAUCGAUCGGACAGUUUACCAUCAUCACGGUCGUCUAUGAAGGAAAAUGACAAAUUAAUUGAAAAAGUAAGGGAUUUAGAAAACGAGUUACAGUCAGCAAUAUCGAGUAAGAAAGCACUUACUUUGGAAAAGGCUUUAUGGGUUAAAGAAAAAUCUGAUCUCAGGCAGCAGCUAAACAAUUUUCACAAGGAGUCAGAGAGAUAUCGUAAAAAGAAUUCUUCAGUAACUGAACUUGAGGCUCGUAUUAGGAGGCUGCAAAAAGAGAAGGAUGUUGCAGCUGAACGUUCUGCCCAGAAGAUUGCGGAUUUGCAGCAUGAACUUCAAAAUGUGAAGGAGAAAUUAACAAAGAUAAUAAAGGAGAAAAGCGUAAUACUUAAGGAAAAGUCCGAGCUACAGCGAAAAUAUCUUAUUGCAAAUGAGAUGAAGGAAACUCUGGAUUUAGACAUACAGGCGGAGAAGGAACACGUCAAGGCACUAGAAGUACAGUUACAAACUGUUACAGAAGAAUUACAAUUCGAACGACGUGAUCAUCUAGAAAAGCGUGAACAACUGUCACGUUAUGAAGAUCAGUUGCAAUCAAUUCAAGAGCAGUAUAACAAACUCCGCAACGAAUCGAGUCAUAUGCAACACGGCUUAGGAAACGAGCAAAGGUUCCAAGGAAUGAAUUUGGUGUCAAAUUACGACGAUGACGAGAUGCGAUUUUUAAUGAAUGAAAAUAUAAAACUCAACAAUGAAUUGCUGGAAUUGCAUAACCGUGUGCAGGAAGUUGAGGAUGGCAGAAGAUAUGAUAUGGAGUCGGACAUUGCCCAACUAAAAGCUAAAUACAAGACGGAAAUGAACCGGGAUCGAAAACGAUUGACCGACAAGUGUGAGAUUUAUUCCAAUGAAAUCAAAUUCUUGAAGGCCAGUGUUCAUCGAGAACGCGGUUUUCGGGCAGACCUUUGUCAUCAGAAAAACUUUUUAAUAGCAAUAAUCGGAGGACCGGAUUUGUGUCAAGAAGCAGUUUCUAUAAUGCUCCGUAGCGAAAGGCUUUUUCGAAAUGAUGAUUGUGAAGAGUCCUCUCUAUUAAACCGUUUUCGAUGUGUGGUUACUGCUAUAAUUGCAAUUCAGCGUAUGAGGAUUAUGAGGCAUAAUUGGGCUAAUAAAUUGGAGCUGAAGCGUCUCGUGAAACAACAGCGACACGCUCUGCGCUAA